AUGCGUUUGAAUACUCGCCUGACCGCAUUGGGGGCUCUACUGCUCCCAAUUGCAUCCGCCCAGGACAGCACGUUGGGCCCAGAUAAGGACGGCCUGUACUGGAUCAAGAGUGAAGGCCUUCAAGCAGCCUUCAUCCCAUACGGCGCGUCCAUCACGCACCUGUUGAUCAACGACCAGUAUGGAGUUCAGCGAGACAUCGUAGCCGGCUUUGACAAUGCCAGCUACUAUGAGAUCGAUAAGCAGCACCCGCACUUUGGCGGUGUGCCAGGCCGCUAUGCCAACCGUAUCAAGAACAGCACAUUCGAGAUUGACGGUGAGACGUACAAAGUCGAUGCAAACGAGAAUGGUGGCUUGGACACCCUGCACGGUGGUUCCGAUGGUUGGGACUACCGCAACUUUACCGUCGUUUCAUAUACCGAGGACAGCAUCACGUUCUCCAUUGUCGACCCGGAUGGCAAGGAGGGCUUCCCUGGUGAGGUUGUGUCAUACGUCACGUACACUGUGCACGACUCCACCUGGGACUUCAAGAUGAUCGCAUUGGCAACCACCAAGAAGACCCCCAUCAUGCUCAGCAGUCACACCUACUGGAACUUGGACGGAUUCGCCAACAACGAGACCAGCACUGCGCUGAACCACACAUUCUACCUUCCCUACAGUGGCCAGCGUGUUGGCGUUGACAACAUUCUCAUCCCAACUGGAGACAUUCUUGCCAACCAACCCGGGUCUGUCAACGACUUCUGGACUGCGCCGAAGCAGAUCGGCAAGUCUUUCGGCGAGCCAGAGCUCGAGGGCAACUGCGGUUUCAACUGCACUGGUUAUGACAACUGCUGGCUCGUGAACCGCGCCCAGAACGGUCCUUACGACUGGCGAGCCGACGGCUUUGUUGCACGUCUCGCCUCUGCUUGGUCGGGCAUUCAGGUUGAUGUUUACUCCGACCAGGAGGCCUUCCAGAUGUACUCGUGCAACGGCCAGAACGGCAGUAUGGCGCUGAAGACGACACAAGGUCUGAAGGAUAACGCCGACUUCCCUAGAGUCAUUCCCCAGUACGGAUGCGUUGUCAUGGAGGUCGAAGACUGGAUUGAUGCUAUCAACCAACCUUCGUGGCAACGUCAAAGCAAGCAGAUCUUCGAGCCCAGUGGUGACCCGUACGUGCUCCAAGCAAGCUACCGCUUCAGCAUCAACAGCACCAUCGCAUGA